AAUUUAAAAAAUAUAAAAAAAAAAAUUGUUAUAUAUCAAUGUUGUAUAUAUACAAAAAAAAAAAAAGUUUAAUGUAAUAAAUAAAAAAAAUAGCAAAAAAUAGCGGUGCACAAUGAUGAUAAGGUUUCCUCUCUACCAAUAUUAUAAUAUUUUUUAAGCCUCCAAAAAAAGGAUUACGCUCAAUUUUAUAUAAAAAAAAAAACGAAAAAGCAAAAAAAUUAAGGAAAAAAAUAUCCUUUUUAAGGGAAAAAGUCUCAGUCAACGCAAUUUCGACUCGACUACUUUCCAAAGAGGAGCAAAACGGACGAGAAAGGAAUAAUAAUAAGAAUAUUCAAGGACUGAAAAUACAAAAUUUAAAAAUCCAGACGACACAGGAUUAAAGAAAGAAUAAAAAACAAAAAGCAAAUUCCUUAAUAAAAAGAGCGAAAAAAAAUCCCAACGACAAUGAAAUUUUGCUGACAGUUUUUCAACAAGCUUUAGUCUCCGCAAAAUAAAAUAUAUAUAUUACACAAAAAAAAAAUUAUAUCAAACAUAUAGUAUAUAUAUAUAUAUAAAAAUAGUCCUGCAAUCUAAGUAUUAAGCCUUUGAGCAAAAAAAAAAUAAAAAAAGAAAUUUAUUAUUUGGCUCCUUUUGCCUAUACUCGUAUAGUCUCGUAGAUUGUUAAAAUUUUCAAAAUAAAAAAAAAGAGAAAACAAAAAAAAAAUUUGUUAAUCAACGGAAAAAGGAAAUACAUAAAACUAUUUUCAGCUGUGAUAUAAAUAUUUAUGCAAUAUGAAAUAACAUAAAAACAAAAAAAAAAUAAUAAAAAGUCAACAAAACUAUUCAAAAAAUUUCGAAGAAGACGAAGAAAAGUAUCAAGAACAAGAAUAGAGCUUUAUAUUGAAGAAAUUGGUCUCGAAAAAAUUGAAAUAAAACAAAAAAAGGACACACAAGAAAUCUCAUACAACAAAAAGACAGAAAAGAGAAAGGAACAAAAGGAUAUUAAAUCUGAAGAAAAAAACUGCAAUAAAAAAAAAAAAACAUAUAUACAUACCUUAAACAUUAUUACAUAUAUAUAAAAAAAACACAAAAAAAAUAAAAUAAAUCAAAAUGGUUUUCUAUAUAAGACAUAACUUGUACUGCUCAUCUCUAUCAUCGUUAAUCACACGUUUUGUAUCCUGUUUAGCUGUGAGUUUGCUUUAUAAUAAUGUUAUGUAUCCAGUUGUUGUUGUUGGUGCAGUCAACUGGGAUCAUGCUGUAGAUUUGAAUGAGGAUUUUCGAGUUUUAUGGACAAUCAAUAAUCAGGAUAUAACAUUUGAGGUUCAAGCCCGUACAUUGGGCUAUGUUGGAUUUGGUUUAUCUACUGAUGGUCAUUUGCCUGGAGCUGAUUUAGCUGUAGGAUGGGUGGAUAGAGGGCAAACAUAUUUUCAGGACCGCCAUAUAGGAAGGAAUGGAGAUACAGAACCAAUUGUCGAUCCAUCACAAGAUUACAUACUUAUAUUGGGCUAUGAAAAUGCCACGCAUACAGUAUUGAGAUUUCGCAGAAAAUUGGAUACAUGCGAUUCCACACAUGAUAUUCCUAUCACGGACGACACAAUGAGAAUUGUGUAUAUGUAUAGUGAAAAUGAUCCUAGAUCAAGCUCGAUGGGACCAGGCUCAUUACCAGACGUAGCUGAUGCAUAUCGAGCAUAUAGACCACUUUUAUUAACACAAAAGUCACAACCUAAAUCCCACAGAGACGAUAGAGUAAGAGUAUUGGAAUUACGUAAUGAAGAUGUUGAACUACCGAGCGGUGAUGAUACACUUUAUUGGUGUAAGAUGUUUAAAUUAGAAGAUAUUAAUAGAAAACAUCAUUUAAUUCGGUAUGAACCUAUACUCGAUUCAUCAGCCAGUAUACAGUAUUUACAACAUGUGACAUUACACGAAUGUCAAGGAUCACAUUCAGAUCUUGAAUUGAUGGCACGCGAACAAGGACGACAAUGUCUUGGAGCCAGAGAUAUGCCACUAGCAUGUAAUGCAAUUGUAGCAUCAUGGGCAAGAGGUUCAGAGGGUUUUUCAUUUCCUGAAGAAGCUGGUUAUCCAAUCGAUUCUCGACAAGCGAAAUACUUCCUUAUGGAAACACAUUAUAGUAACUUGCAACCCGAUUUUUCCCAGCUUCAAACCAAACAAAUGGCUGAUAAUUCAGGAUUGAAAAUUUAUUUCACUUACGUCCUGCGACCAAAUGAUGCUGGUGUUCUUUCAAUAGGAAUGGAUCCAAAUUGGCGACAUAUAAUACCCCCGGGACAAAAGCAUGUCGUCUCUGAUGGACAAUGUAUAGAAAAUUGCACAAGUUAUGCAUUUCCACCGCAAGGUAUUAAUAUAUUUGCUGUUAUGAUGCGAACUCAUCAAAUCGGCAGACAAAUAAAACUCCGCCAGAUACGAAAAACUGAAGAACUUAAACCAAUUGUUCAAGAUAACAAUAUUGAUCCCGAUUAUCAAGAUUUUCGAAGAUUAACCAAUUCGGUGCGUUCAAUGCCUGGAGAUAGACUGAUUGUAGAAUGUAUUUAUGAUAGUUCAACUAGGAAGGCUAUCACUUUGGGUGGUCUAACAAUGAAAGAAGAAAGCUGUACAGUUCUAACACUCUAUUAUCCUCGUCAAAAGAAACUUACCACAUGUCAUUCGCUGCCUAGCCUUCCGACGGUAUUGCAUUCGCUAGGAAUUGAGCAGCUAGCAACUGAUUCAAACCCUGUACUUAUAUCAUCACCACCAGAGUUAGCCGGUAUGACGCUGGAAUCACGACUAGUAUCAUAUGAUUGGGAAAAUCAAUUUGAAAAAUUCCAACAAGCGACGAGACGUGGUUCAUUUAAACCACUUUGUUGGGGAGCAAAAAAUCAUCUAAUACCGGGAUUGGAUUAUCUUGAGGGAUAUACCAUUAAUGUAACAAAAACAUGGAACAAACCUCGACGUUGUAAACCGAAACGAUUAUUUGUGACCGAAACUAUUCCAGAAUUAGAACUACCUGUUCUACAUGAACUGGACAAUAAUAAUAUUAUUGAAGGAGCUGCAAGGAGUAGUCGUAGUUCAGCAACCGAAACGAUAGGAUUAAGUAGAGCACAUCAAGGAUUCAGUCGAACAUUUGCGACAACUUUCUGGUAUACGAGUGUAGUAUUAAUAUUAAAACGACUAAGUAGAGAGUCGUUGACGUGAGACUGGACUAAUAGUUGUUAAAUCUAAUUAUUAAUUAAUAUUAUAUAGUAUUAUUAUUAUUAUUAUAAUUGUAUUAUUCGAACUGUUUUCUUUUUUUUUU